CAAAAACUCCAAGAUCUCUCUCUACCUCGAUCAUCGCAAUCGUAAACCACAUAUCACAACCUCCUAAUCAACGAAGAGAUUCGGGACCAGGACGAGGCCAGGUUAUCCACAGAGCUUAAAUAGCUCUUGUUCUGUGCGGCGACACGAGAAUUAGUCUCAUCGGCCUGUCUCUCAUCCACAUUUUGCUGUCGCUUUCUCUAUAUUCUCACUUCUCGACACGACACGACCAUCUACAAGCUCGCCAGCAAUUCCCCAAUCAGCUAUCACUGCUAUUAGCUAUCAUAGUCGCGCUGUCUACGCGGUGCUACUAGCUUCGCACCCCGAACCGUUGUCGCCUUCCGUCUGGUUGGAGACCUGGACAAGACAAGACACAACACCACAACCAACACCAGGACAAGCUAUUCCGUUCUCAAGAUGAGCUUCAGUGGAAAUAGUGAUGAAAUUGUGUGGCAAAUUAUCGGUCAACAAUUUUGCGCGUUCAAGAUUAAAACCAACAAAGCCCAAACAUUCUGCCGAAAUGAGCACAAUGUUACAGGUCUCUGUAACCGUCAGUCAUGUCCUCUCGCGAACUCGAGAUACGCUACAGUCAGGGAGCAUCAAAACCGAUUGUACUUGUUGAUCAAAACCCCAGAAAGGGCCCAUCUCCCAAGCAAACUUUGGCAACGUUACAAACUACCCAGCAAUUACUCCAAGGCAUUGUCCAUGAUAGACGAGAAGCUUAUAUACUGGCCUAAUUUCCUCGUUCACAAGUGCAAGCAACGUCUCACCCGCUUGACACAGGUUCAAACUCGCAUGCGUCGCAUUGCCGCCGAGGAGGAGCGGUUGGGUGAAAAGCUUGUCCCCAAAAUGGCCCCUAAGAUCAGACACCGUGAGCAGGCCCGUGAGCGCAAGGCUGAGGCUGCCGCCAAGCUGGAACGAACUAUUGAGCGCGAGCUCAUUGAGCGUCUUCGACAGGGUGCUUACGGCGACCAGCCCCUCAAUGUCAGUGAGUCUAUCUGGAAGAAGGUUCUCAAUGCCAUGGAGCGCGACGGCGAGGGCCAACGUGACAAGGACCUGGACAAGGGCCUUGACGAGAACGGCGAGGAGGUUGAAUGGAGCGAGGAGGAAGACGACAACCUGGAGAACCAGGUUGAGUAUGUUUCCGAUAUUGAGGAGAGCGACGAGGAGCUCGGCGACCUUGAGGACUGGCUCGAGAGCGAAAACGAGGAGGAGGACGAAGAGGAUGAUGAUGAUGAUGACAGCGAAGAGUCCGAGACCGAGAAGUCUGGCGCCAAGCGAAAGCGUGGACGAGCUAUCAAGAUGAAGAACAAGAAGCCCAGACAGGAGGAGAAGGAGAAGCUGUUGCUCACCAACGAUCUCACAUGGUAAUUGACGGUCUCAAAAUCAAGCUUCGGCGUUUGAGGAGUUGGCAUUCUCUACUAAGAAAGAUGAAGAAAGGGGGUUUACGAAGGGUGGGGAAAAAAAAGCGUACAUCAAUGUGUACCUUCUUAUCAGAGAAUAUCACGUCGCAAUAUGCUUCAUUCUUGCUGAGCUGAUUUGAUUUUUGGCAAGGUAUAGAUACCAAAAUAGGCUGCCAAUGUUUUUAUACGAAUUUGUUGUUACUUGAAGCGUUCCAUUUGAAACCAUUCUCUUUUUAACUAAUG